CCAAAAUUGCCGACUGCGUGUGUUAUAAUGAUGCCAGAGUAAUAACAUUACAUCUAACUUCUUUUGAAUUUCUUUCGAUAUUUUUGUGAUUAAAAAUUAAUCAUGGCCAAGAAGAAAGAUUCGGAGAAGCAGAACGCGUCCGAGAAUAGUAAUAAGAACGGAGAAGAACCGAAUUACGAGGAUCCCGACGGCUUCGUAGAUGAUGUCUCCGAUGACGAACUUCUCGGCGAUAUUCUCGCGAGAAAGCCCAAGGAAACGGAUGGUUUCGACAAUGUUAUCAUAGUCGAUGGUAUACCCGAAGUUGGAACCGAUCGUUUGGAAAAGCUCAAAGGAGUUAUUGAUAAAAUAUUCUCGAAAUUUGGCGCCAUCGUUAGCGAUUAUUAUCCGAAAAAUGAUCAAGGUGUUACGAAAGGAUACGUUUUCAUCGAAUACAAUAACGCCCAGUCAGCUCGCGACGCUGUAGCUCAGCUAAACAAUUAUAAAUUGGAUAAGAAACAUACUUUUUUAGUUAAUUUAUUCACCGAUUACGAAAAAUUUACCACUAUACCCGAUCAAUGGGAACCACCAUCUCCUGCUCCUUUCCCCGAAAGACCGAAUUUACAAGAAUAUCUCUUAGAACCGGAUGCCUACGAUCAGUAUUUGAUAUUUGAUUCCGAUUGGCAUGUUCAAAUUUGGUCGAAUAGCUCUCCUCAUCCUACUCUGCUCGAAGAUCGUGAACGAUGGACUGAAUCAUUCGUUCGCUGGUCACCUCUCGGUACAUACCUUGCAACGUGUCAUAAACCAGGAGUUGCAUUAUGGGGUGGACCGAACUUUACAAAAGUUAUGCGUUUCGUCCAAUCGAACGUUCAAGUUAUCGAUUUUUCGCCUUGCGAACAAUAUCUAAUUACAUUAUCGCCCCAACCUGAUUCAUCCGAUCAGAAGAAAUUGAUCAUUUUUGAUAUUCGUACCGGUAUGGAGAAGAGAUCUUUCGUCGUGGACGGUGCUCCUACGUGGCCCAUCUUCCGCUGGUCCAAAGAUGAUAAAUAUUUCGCUAGGAUUGGUGUCAAUAUGCUCAGUGUUUAUGAAACACCGUCUUUCGGUUUGCUGGACAAGAAGAGUAUUUCUGUGAACGGUAUCAAAGAUUUUAUGUGGUCUCCUUCGGAUAACAUAUUAGCUUAUUGGGUCGCUGAAGAUAAAGAUGUACCAGCCAAAGUGGUACUUUUGGAAAUCCCCAGUCGUUCGGAAAUCCGAGCCAAUAAUCUGUUCAACGUAGCCGAUUGUAAAAUCCAUUGGCAAAAGAUGGGCGACUAUUUAUGCGUCAAAGUAGACCGAUACGCUAAAUUGAAAAAAGAAAAAGGAGAAGUGAAAUACAGCGGAAUGCAUUACAAUUUCGAAAUAUUCCACAUGAGGGAAAAGAACAUCCCGGUUGACAUUAUCGAAAUCAAAGAACCAAUCCACGCGUUCGCUUGGGAACCGGUCGGAUCUAAAUUCGCUAUCGUCCAAGGCGAACAGAACAGCGUCAAAGUAGCCUUUUACGAUAUUAAAUCAGCUCAAAAAUUAUCACUCAUGAAACUAUUGGAAAAGAGGGUUUGCUCGCAUUUAUUCUGGUCUCCGGCCGGCCAGUACAUCGUUUUAGCCGAAUUACGCGAAAUAGGUGCUUUGGAAUUCAUCGACACGAAUGAUUUCUCGACUAUGGCGAGCGGAGAGCACUUCAAAGCUUCUCAAGUCGAAUGGGAUCCUACUGGACGAUACGUUGUAUCUUCUUCAAGCGCCUGGAGUAAUAAAAUGGAUACCGGUUACUGGAUUUGGUCGUUCCAAGGUAAAGUCAUCCGAAGAAAUAAUUCAAAUACGUUUUGGGAAAUCAAAUGGCGGCCCAGACCACCUACUUUGCUAUCGGAGAAACAGCUCAAAGAUAUUAAGAAGAAUUUGAAGAAAUACACCGUUCAAUUUGAACAAAAAGAUAGGAUCAGAUUAACGAAAGCGUCCAAGGACGUGGUAGAAAAGAGACAGAAAUUAUGGCGAGACUUCCAAGAAUAUCGCGAGAAACGAAUAGAAGAAUGGAAAGAACAAAAAGAAGAACGGUUGCAAUUGCGCCAUCAUAUUGAUACUGAUGAUGUUAACAACGAUUCGCAUAAUCACGAAGAAGAAAUAGUUGAAUUUAUUGUUAAAGAAGAAGUAACCGUUAUCGAUUGAAGACUAGUGCAGCUGUGUUGAAUUUUUGAUUUUUUUUCUCUCCUGUAUGUUAUUUUGUCUGGCGUAUUUUCUCCUCCCCUUCUUAAGAUAUUAAAUUAUUAAAUACCUAUUCGAAAAUGUUUUUACGCGAUCGGUUUUUAAGUAUAUUGAUUCUCGAGUGUAUUUGUAAUUCGUUUUUCAAGCUACUGUAUUAUCGUGUAUGUAUGAUUUUGUUAAGUCUUCACAGUAAAUGGUUUAAUUCAUCGAUAAA